GCUCUGGGGGCGGGGAAAAAUCCACCCAAGUAUAGAAUAUACCAUACAUCCGCACAGGAAGAACGGACCCAUCUCCCAAAUGGAUAAACUGGUGGAAGUCUCCCACGCCCGGCCCUCCAGCCUGCCAUUCGGCCCGCAAAGCCUGAUUGGCGCGCUCGGCAUCACCACCGUCCUCUUCGAAGCACUACCGGGCUUUGGGCGGAUGCAGCGUGCGAUGCGCAGUCUGGGCGUUGACCUGAACACCGCGACUGCAACGAUCAUGAUCUCCACCGUCUUGCUGACCUGCUACAACCUCGGUUACUCCACCAUCACUGGACUGAUAGACAAGUACUACAGCGCCUCCGUGCGCAUAAACUCCGAGGACACGCUCUUCCGGGACUUUUUCAUCUGGCUAUCCGAGGAGCAAGCCGCAGACUUGGACCUAAGCCGUGUCCUCAAUGCCCGGAAAAUCGCCAGCGACCCGGCCAACCCCGACAGCACCGGUAGCGGUGGCCAACUAAGCGAAGAGUACUAUGGUGGCCGAUACCGACCCCGUGGAAAACAAGUCUACCGCGUUCAGUACCUCCCAGCGGCCGGGUCGAGGUACUUCCUUGACUACCGGGGGCGCAAGAUUAGGAUAGUGAUGGAGGAGAUCAAGGACAGCAUAAUGAUGCACGGCGUGCCGCAGCGGAAGGUUGUCUGGCUGCGUUCGUAUGGACGAGAUCCGGCUGUUCUGAAGGAGCUGCUGGAGGAGGUGCUGCGAAAGAGCAAUACUCGCGACCAGGGGAAGACCAUCGUUUAUCAUGCAAGUAUGAGUCCGCGGGGUAUGCCGCCGCGCUGGGAGAGGGCGCUCUCCAGGCCGAAUAGAUCUAUGGAGACGGUGGUGCUGGAGAGGGAGCAGAAGGAAUUGAUUGUCAGGGAUAUCGAGGAGUAUAUACUACCGGCUACCGCCAAGUGGUACGCGAAUCGGGGGUUGCCGUAUCGGAGGGGAUACUUGCUCUAUGGGCCGCCCGGUAUACAUUCUCGCAUCGAUUCGAUUACCGAGAUUGAUCCCCCGUGCUAAUGCGCUGCUCCCAGGAACCGGAAAAACAAGUCUAAGCAUGGCCCUGGCGGGCCUCUUCAACCUGGAAGUAUAUGCCCUUUCCCUCUCCGCCGGGAGUCUCACGGACGACAUGUUAGCAACACUCUUCACCCUGCUGCCAAGCAGAUGCAUUGUCCUCCUCGAAGACGUCGACGCCUCUAACGUGAAACGGACCCCGGAUAUCUCCACCGACCUAUCCUUCUCCCCCCCCCUCUCACCGUCUCCCCACUCCGCCACAAAACCCAACGUCUCCUUCAGCGGCCUCCUGAACGCCAUCGAUGGUGCCGCCUCCCGUGAAGGGCGCAUCCUGAUAAUGACCACGAACCACCGCGAGCGACUAGACCCCGCACUCAUACGCCCCGGCCGCGUGGAUCUGCAGAUCUCCUUCAAAUGCGCUUCGCGGGACGUCAUUGAGUCGCUGUUCCUGAAUCUCUACGAUGUGGAUAUUGGCGAUCGGGAGGCGCUCAGGAUGCCGGAGGGGUUUCCCUCCGUGGACAAGAUUUCCGAGCUGGCGGGGGAGUUUGGCCGGGUGUUGCCGGAGGGCGUGUUCACGCCGGCGGAGAUUCAGGGAUUGUUGUUGAUGCACAAGAAGGAUCCGGUCGCAGCGGUUGGCGCGGCCGGGGAGUGGGCGAGGGAGAAGGGGGCCCAGAAGUGGCUAGAAGAGGCGACGGAGGAGGAAAGGGGGAGAGGGAAGGUGGAGGUUAAUGGGGUUACCCCUGGUCGGGGCAAAGGAGUAAUAGAGGAGGGGAAAUCCGAAGAAAUC